UUAUAAACAUAACCUGAAAAAUAUCUUAUAGUUAAUAAAAGUAAAAAAAUACUUUAUUUAUUUGUAGAUAAUCAAAUAAUUGUUGGUCUGCUGCAAAAAUAACAAUAUGUUUUUGUCAUUCCUUAAGUGUUCAAAAUGGAUAAAAUCAUAAUUAUAAUAACAAUAUUUUUUUCAUUUAAUAUUCUUAUCAUUUUUGGUACGAAAAUUGACGGAUAUGUUAUUUAUUGUCCGUGUAUGGGUAGAUUUGGAAAUCAAGCUGACCAUUUUUUAGGGGCAUUAGCCUUUAGUAAAGGAAUAAAUAGAACACUUGUAUUGCCGCCAUGGGUUGAAUAUAGAUAUGGGGAAAUCAGAUCAAUUCAAGUUCCCUUUGAUGCAUACUUUAAUGUUGAUUCUUUCAAAAACUAUCAUCAAGUAGUAACAAUGGAAUACUUCAUGAGAAAUAUCGCUCAUGAUGUAUGGCCCCCACAAGAAAGAAUCUCAUUUUGUUAUACACAAAGAAUUGGAGAAAUACAAAACAGCUGUAAUGCAAAAUCUGGAAACCCUUUUGGUCCAUUUUGGGACACUUUUCAUAUCGACUUUGUAAAAUCAGAAUUUUAUGGACCUCUUAAUUAUGAUGCCCAUAAUGUUAACAUGAUGGAAUUAUGGAAAAAAACAUAUCCCCCUACUGAGUGGCCAGUAUUAGCAUUCACAGGUGCUCCAGCAAGUUUUCCAGUUCAGUCAGAAAAUGUUUAUUUACAACAAUAUGUUACUUGGAAUGAGGACAUUAUUAAUAAAACAAAACUUUUUAUUAAAAACAACAUGAGCGGUGGAGGUUUUCUGGGAAUACAUCUGAGAAAUGGACAAGAUUGGGUGAAAGCUUGCCAACAUGUAACAGACAGUCCCAAGCUGUUUUCAGCACCACAAUGUGUUGGAUAUAAAAAUGAAAGAGGAAAAUUAACAGCUUCAAUGUGCCUUCCACAAAAAAGUGAAAUAAUCAAACAAGUUAAAAGAGCACUAAAAAAGUACAAGGAUAUAAAACAUGUUUUUGUUGCAUCAGAUUCUAAUCACAUGGGAGAAGAUUUUGAAAAUGCUCUUAAAUAUAUAGAUGUCACUGUACAUAGAUUAAAACCAAGUAAUCCUCAUCUCGACUUGGCCAUCUUAGGUCAAGCCAAUUACUUUAUUGGGAACUGUGUUUCAUCAUUCACAGCAUUUGUCAAGAGAGAAAGAGAUGUUAAAGGAUUGCCUUCAGAGUUUUGGUCCUUUCCCGAUAGAAAAAAAUCUAAACAUGAAGAGCUUUAAAAAAUGAACUCAAUUUUAUUUUAAAACUGUUAGAAGUAUUUAAUAAUCAGUUGAUUGGUUAUAAU